AUGGUAUCACUAGGGAGGGGAUGGGAAGAAAGUGCUAAGCUACCCGAAACAUAAACCAAGUCGGCAUUUGCGCUGCACGGGAACAAGUGAGCACGCCGUCCUCUGCGCACACUCACCCACCAGAGGCGGCCAGCCCAGCCGGGACCAUGAGCGAGCGUGGCCCUCGCACGGAGGCCUCCAUGUUUUUGGAGGUGGACCGCCUCGAGCGCGAUAACAACGAUGAAGACAAGAUGGCGCACUACGACGACGACGACAAAGACGACGCCGACCUGAUGUCGGCACCCUCGGGCUCACGCAUCUACGACCGCACUACGGUGCUCAUCGAGCAGGACCCCAUCCGGCUGGACGAGGAGGGAGAGGAGGACCAUGGACACUGCGUGGGGGAUGACGACGGGGGCACUUUCCUAGUCGACGGGGACCUGGACGAGGAGGAGGAGGAGGAGGAGGGCUCGAUGACCUUCAUGGGCGACCAGGAUGGCAUGUCGCAGGGAUACGUGCAUCACACCAUCUCGCCCGACCAGAUCCAGUUCAUCAUCAACCCAGGGUCCAUGGCCAUGCCGCGCAACAUCGAGGGGGCCACCCUCACUCUGCACUCCGAGUGUCCAGAAACCAAGCAAAGGGAGGUGAAGAGGUACCAGUGCAUGUUUGAGGGAUGCACACGGACCUACAGCACGGCAGGCAACCUGCGCACACACCAGAAGACCCACCGGGGCGAGUACACAUUUGUGUGCAACCAGUUGGGCUGCGGCAAGGCCUUCCUCACUUCCUACAGCCUGAAGAUCCACGUGCGCGUUCACACCAAGGAGAAGCCCUUUGAGUGCGACGUGCAGGGCUGCGAGAAGGCCUUCAACACCCUGUACAGACUGAAAGCACACCAGAGACUGCACACGGGGAAGACGUUCAACUGUGAAUCGGAGGGAUGCACAAAGUACUUUACCACACUCAGUGACCUGAGGAAGCACAUUCGCACUCAUACUGGGGAGAAACCAUUCCGGUGUGACCAUGAUGGUUGUGGCAAGGCGUUUGCUGCCAGCCAUCACCUAAAGACGCAUGUACGGACACACACAGGGGAGAAGCCUUUCAACUGUCCCAGCGACGGCUGUGAGAAAGCAUUCAGCAGCCAGUACAGUUUGAAGAGUCACGUCAGGGGCCAUGGGGCUCAGGGCCAGCCCUUCAGUGUCACCCUCACCCACCCCUUGUCCGAGGAUGCAAAUCAUUCACUGUGCCUCAGUGACUUGAGCCUCAUCUCGACUGACUCGGAGCUCAGAGAAAACAUCCACAAUUCUCAGAACUUGGACUUGAGCAGUGUUACCCCCGUGAGGAUCUUCGAGCUCAUGUUCCAGAGUCCGGAGAACAGUGUUAGUCAAGACGAUGCACAUCCUCACGGCAACCUUGUUGAAGCCUUUGGCCAGGAGACUGGCCAGUCCACCAUGGGCAAUGGCUCAACCCCCAUCUCCUUCUCGUUCUCCCUUGUUCCUUCCUCCUCAUCCUCCUGUUCCCACUCUCACCCUCACUCCCACACCACCACCACCACUGUCCUGGAGGCUUCGUCCCAGCUUCCUCUAAGCCAAACCCCCUCUUCCCAAGUUCCAGCACCUCCUACCCCCAUUAGUAAUAUUACCACAGUCAGCUCCACCCAGCCCCACGCCACCUUCGUACCCUUACCCACUGCCCUGCAGACGCCAGAUGUGCCUAACUCCUACGUGGCACUGCCCGCCCAGACUGCUCCAAUAGUGCCCUCUACUGCGCCAGUAGUGGUGCCAGGCCCAGCCCUUGCGGCUCUGGGCGCUGUAGUCGCCACCACAGAGACUGUGCCGCUGCCGGCCGUGGCUCACACUCACACCGUGCCUUUGGCCAGCAACACCAACCCUGCCCUGGUGCCCCCAGCCUCUGCCCCCACUUUCACCCCAAGCCACAGCCACACCCAGAGCCUGUUGCAGCCCAGCAUUGUCAUGUCCGACCAGAACCUGCAGUGGAUCCUUAACACCGCAGCCAACAACCAGCAGAACCCAGAGCAAGCUCCACACGGAGGUCCAAAAGUAGAGAAGGUCUUCUUUACCACAGCCAUACCAGUGGGAGGAAAUUCAGGUGAGAUUUGUCCCCUACUUUUACCAGUGUGAUUAUUAACAGCAAUAAUGCUGCACUGACCCACAUGA